AAUUAUGAUAGAAAACAACCGUCGCAAUUAUGGUCUCGAAUGGAGGAGAUUCCAUGGAACAAAACAACACGAGAGAAUUCCUCGCGCCCGAAAUGUUGACAGAUCCGGAAGGAUGAGAACUGAGAUUUUCAAAGAGCUCAGUGCAAGUUACACGCGAGACUUAGGCCACCCUCAGUGCCAGCUCCUGCAGAAUAAGAGCAUGAUACGCUGAUUAGCAGAACAGCUUUUUCAAGUACCAAGGAUCAGAUGGACAAGGGCGAUAUGAGCAGAGUUCGUGUUGUACAGUCCCCUUUAUGAGGGAGAUGCGGCUGAGGCAUGAGGAUGCAUCCAGAAGUGAGCGAGCUUCAGGCUUGGAGGCAUCAUACGUCUGAACGCCAAUCGCAACAUCCUCCCGAGUCGUGGAACUUCCGUGGAAUAUCUUCCCGGGGAUUCGCUCCAGGCACAUCAGGAAAGUGCACGGAACAGCAGGUGCAAUGAUUCAGUGACAUCGGAUUGGACAUAUGCGUACAAUGUGCCGAAUCAUUUCCAAGAACCUUGUUCUUUCUUUUCUUUAGAACUUCACCUCCUUCUACUGCCGGCUCGCCUACCUCUUGAAGAAAUUUUGUAUCUGAACGAUACGUAUGCCGCUUACCAAUCCACAGCACAUUGCAGGGGAAAAUCAGCAAAAAGUUUGCGACUUGGUCUCUACUUUUCAAGCUGGAGUAGCGGUUCAGACUCCAGUGCUAGGACAAUGAUAUUUCUCGAUAGGUCCACAAUCACGUACAUAACUGGAGGAUUGGUCCAGAGAAAAGGGCUCUGUAGGAGUGAAGGACUCGCAGCAGUUGGACGGAGGGACGCAGGUAGUCAUCACAAUGAGAAGAGAAGGAGUUUGCGAGCUCAGUGUGUAGUUCCAGUUGGGACGAAUGACAAGAACUUGCGAGAAUCUCUAAGCUCACAGAGGUAACAGAGACUACUCAAAUGGAGAGAAAACAGUUCCUUUGCAAUGCUCGAGUGAGGAAACGAUGUACAGGUACUUGGACAGCGAGGUGUAACGAUGGAGCGGUUUAUUUCUUGCAUUUCUGUCCUUGGGGUUCUCCUUGCAGCGAGCUUCUGUCAGCACGCUGAGGCUGGAAAGCUCCGUUUCAGCUCCGAUGGGCAGUUCAAGAUAGUGCAGGUGGCGGACAUGCACUACGCAGAUGGUGCUCACACGAAAUGCUUAGAUGUGCUUCCUGAGGAGAUGGCCACCUGCUCCGACCUCAACACAACAGCAUUCCAGUGGAGAAUGAUCAAGCAAGAACAUCCGGACCUUGUUGUUUUCACAGGGGACAACAUUUUCCAGAGGGAUUCAUCAAAUGCGACAGCUUCACUAAUUGCAGCAUUUGCUCCCGUCAUAGAGGCCAGAAUCCCAUGGGCGGCGGUGUUAGGAAAUCACGACCAGGAGGGUCACAUGACCCGUGAGGAAGUCAUGGCUUUCAUCGUUAAGAUGGAUUACUCGAUGGCGCAAAUGAAUCCUAAUUUCCUGCACGGAGAUCGAACGACGAUAGAUGGCUACGGUAACUACAUUAUCGAGGUCGAAGGGCCAGCAGGAUCGAUGUUCGAGAAUAAAAGCCUUCUAAAUCUGUACAUGGUGGACAGUGGGGAUUAUUCGUUUAUCCCUCAAGUUUCGUACUAUGAUUGGAUCAAGUCCAAUCAGCAAGUUUGGCUGCAACAGGCCUCUGCAGAAAUACAGAAAGCGUACAGAGGAGUGAAGCCCAGGCCGCAGACGAAAGCGGCUUCGGCGUUGGCGUUUCAUCACAUCCCGAUCCCAGAGUCGUUCACGACUCCGAAUGCGUCGAAUCUGGGAGAGAAGAAUGAGGCCUCGGGAUCUCCGAGUCUAAACUCAGGCUUCUUGACAACCCUCAUCACCAUGGGCGACGUGCAGGCUGCUUUCACAGGUCACGAUCAUCUGAACGAUUACUGCGGCGCAGCAGAUGGUCCUCUAUUCUUGUGCUACUCUGGUGGGUUUGGCUACCACGCCUACGGCAAGGCUGGAUGGCCACGACGCUCGAGGGUUAUUACAGCUUAUCUCAAUGGAAAUGCUGCAAGCUGGGACGAUGUCAGUCACAUCCAAACCUAUAAACGACUGGAUGACGAUGGUUUCACGAAAAUCGACGAGCAAACCCUGUACACGAACUAUGUCUUGUCUCCCGAGUGAAAGACGAUUGACACAACGAGGGAGCUUGAGAUAAGGAUUCGGAUGCAAAGAUAUUAUUGUAAUGAAUAAAUGAAUGAAUGAACGAACUUACUUUUGGUGGAGUCAAGGUUGAUGCUGAUGUGAAUGAAUGCCUGGGAAGGACUAGGGAGCACUAGGUUGUACAUGAGUCAGAGAAUAGAAGAAAGGCUGUUUGAAGGUUCCUCUGGUCGGGAAAGAGGAAUUCGACAUCGAAACACGACAGAACAAUAAUCCUUCAUUGGCAUUGCUCGAUUUGAAUGUUAUGGCCGAUUGGCGGUGGUUUCUCCCAGGCACAGACUGCUGUCCGCAUCCGAAAAGAGAACGCAAGGGACAAGUAUGAAGGCAACUCUCCGACCAUCUCAUUUCAUGCUGCAUGCUCCACCGAUAUGCCUUGUCAUCUUCUGCUUGUCCAAAGUCAUAAGUCGUCAAAUUAGGUCUUCUUGUCUGUUCGGCAUGUCCUCGAGCUCAGAAAGGAUUACACUCAGUCUGCUGGUUGAGGUUCCACGACACGAUCGUUUCACGCGACGGGGUGGAAGAAGAGAGCAAUU